UUCAUUACUGUUUCCUCAGUUUGUCUCCUGUUUGUGUGGUUGGGAGGAAGUCGCAGCAGCACAUCUUAGACUUCACUGCGGCCUACGGUGAAACGUGUCCAUGGACUCCCUCAGAACGUCCUCCCUGCUACUGUAUCUCCUCUUCCUCCUCCUCCACGUGGACGUCUCCUGCCAGUUAGAGGACAAUAAGAUCCCCCUGAGUCUUUGCUCUGGACAGCCUGGUGUCCCUGGUUCUCCUGGGGUUCAUGGAAAUGCUGGUCUCCCAGGGAGAGAUGGGAGGGACGGGAGAGAUGCUGCACCGGGGGAGAAGGGAGAAAAAGGAGACAGGGGAGAGUAUGGUGAGACAGGGGUCAGAGGUCUGACUGGGGACAAAGGUGACCCAGGAGAGAAGGGGGCAACAGGUCAGGCAGGAGAGUGUGCCGUUGCCCCAAAAUCUGCCUUCAGCGCCAAAAUAUCCGAGGGUCACACUCUGCCCCUGUCUGUGGGCGACGCCGUCCACUUUGACAAGAUCAUGCUCAACGAGCACGGAGACUACAACUCUGAGACCGGACGCUUCACCUGCAGGGUCCCCGGGGUUUAUUACUUCGCCGUUCACGCCACAGUUUACCGGGCCAGUCUGCAGUUCGACCUGAUGAAGAACGGACACGUGGUGGCGUCCUAUUUCCAGUUCUACGGAAACUGGCCCAAACCGGCGUCUCUGUCCGGAGGAUCCCUGCUCCACCUCAUCCCUGGAGACCAGGUGUGGGUCCAGAUGGCGCUGUCUGAGUACAAUGGCUUCUACUCUAGCACCAAAACAGACAGCACCUUCACGGGCUUCCUGGUUUACUCCGACUGGAAAAACUCUGCUGUGUUUGCCUGACUUACAAGAAAUUAAAACAAAAACGAUUUCCCAUCUGGGAAAGGAACCCGGCAUUUUCUUUUGCCAAUUUCAUUUUCACAAUUGAGACUCUGUGCAUAAUGACAAGUGAACAGGCUGUAAUGUGUUUCAGAUGUACACACACACACACACACACUGAGCUGUAAUGUUUAUUCAGUGAUGUGACAGACGAUGGAAACAGUCACCAGGUCACAGACUAACAUUUAUGAUUUUGUUUUCAGUACAAAGGUUUCGACUCCAGGGACAUGAAAUAAUGAAGUAACAUUUCCUUUCUUUUUCUUUAGAUAUUUUUGGUCACAAUUUCCUGUUAAAGCAGUAAUCACACUGUAAACAACAUUCUACUGUCAGUAGAAGCACCAAAAACGUACAAGGAUAAUAAAUAAAUAAACAUUAAAACUCUUUUCUUCCACACAGUACAUGAGUGGAUUGUAUUCUUGCCGUACCGCAAGAAUCAGUGGGAACACAAAAGGAACACAGAGGAAUAGGUUAAUUGUUCACUCUAAACUGACCGUAGGUGUGAAUGUUGGUGUGAAAGGUUGUUUGUCUUCACAUGUCCCUGUGACCAGUGUACCAGGUACAAGCCCCACCCUCGUCCAAUGACUGCUGCGAUUGGCUCCAGAUCCAGGGGAGGAACAGAAUAACCCUCUGAUGACUGGCACAUCCUCUUCUACUUCCUGUCCUGAUGCACAUGUCCUGGAGAGCUUCGACUGGACCACCAGCACCAACACAGCUUCACUUCUCUCAGGUCCACACAUUAAGGAUUAUUGUUGAAUCACCAACACCUGCUGUACCUUCAACACAUUCACAGCUUUAAAUGAACUUCAUCUAAAUGACUGUCACUUCUACAAAACUGCUUGCCAACAGCACUUUUAGUUGGUCUAAAUAUACAUUUAUUUUCAUUAUUCUGGUUGUAAUCUAAGUAGUUGUCAGUCAGGUCUUGUUUUGCUCACUUUUUAUUUUAACACCAAACACUUACACGUGUCUUUGGUCUCCAGCUUCGUUUAGACAUAUUUUGUAAUAAAGUCACUUUGUCUACAAC